AUGGCAGCCUCUUUCGCCCGCCUCGCCGGCAACGGCGCGAAGCGACUCUCACACCGCGCCGCCACCCCUUCCUUCCGCCCACAACAGCAGCUCCGAUGCCUCUCCUCGACGCCCGCCAGACGAAUGGCCUCCCCAGUCGACGCCAAUGCCACCCGACUCGUGCCUGUCGACCCCAGCUUCGCUCGCCCCGUAGACGCAGAUGCCAUAGGUAUGAAUAAGGCAGACGAUAAGGCAGACAACCCCGAACAGCGCAAGAUCCGCCACUACACCGUCAACUUUGGCCCACAGCAUCCCGCUGCUCACGGUGUGCUUCGCUUGAUCUUGGAACUGAACGGAGAAGAGAUCGUGCGGGCGGAUCCGCAUGUUGGACUACUGCACAGAGGCACGGAGAAGUUGAUCGAGUACAAGACGUAUCUGCAGGCACUGCCAUACUUUGACCGCCUGGACUACGUCAGCAUGAUGACCAACGAGCAGUGCUUCAGCUUGGCUGUGGAGAAGCUGUUGAACAUUGAGGUGCCGGAGCGAGCCAAAUGGAUCAGGACAUUGUUUGGAGAGAUCACGCGAGUGCUCAACCAUCUCAUGUCUGUUUUGUCACACGCCAUGGAUGUUGGUGCUCUCACCCCGUUCCUGUGGGGCUUCGAGGAGCGUGAGAAGCUUAUGGAAUUCUACGAACGAGUCUCCGGCGCUCGCCUCCAUGCUGCAUACGUCCGCCCGGGCGGUGUAUCUCAGGACUUGCCCAUCGGCCUCCUAGACGACAUCUACCAAUGGGCCACCCAAUUCGGCGACCGCAUCGACGAAACCGAAGAACUCCUCACAGACAACCGCAUCUGGAUCGGCAGAACCAAGGGCAUCGGUGUUGUCUCCGCCGCCGACGCCCUGAACUACUCCUUCUCUGGCGUCAUGCUCCGCGGUUCCGGCGUCCCCUGGGAUGUCCGCAAGAGCCAGCCUUACGACGCUUACGAUCAGGUCGAAUUCGAUGUCCCGGUCGGCGUCAACGGCGACUGCUACGACCGCUAUCUCUGCCGCAUGGAGGAGUUCAGGCAGUCGUUGAGGAUUAUCCACCAGUGCUUGAACAAGAUGCCCGCCGGACCUGUAAAGGUCGAGGACUACAAGAUCGCUCCUCCACCUCGCGCGGCGAUGAAGGAGAAUAUGGAGGCGUUGAUCCAUCACUUCUUGCUGUUCAGCAAGGGUUAUACCGUCCCACCUGGAGAGACGUACUCGGCGAUCGAGGCGCCGAAGGGCGAGAUGGGUGUUUAUGUUGUGAGUGAUGGGUCAGAGCGACCGUACCGAUGCAAGAUUCGAGCCCCUGGUUUCGCUCACUUGGCUUGCUUCGAUCAAAUUUCGAGGGGACAUUUGUUGGCUGAUGCCGUGGCUAUCAUUGGAACUAUGGAUCUUGUGUUUGGUGAGGUCGAUCGAUAG